ACACGUUUUUCUUACGUCAAGGUUUUAGCCUUUUAACACUGGAGCAGUUUGUAAACAAAUCGUUUUCAAAUUUAAAUAUCUUAGACAAUAGGAUUUAAAUAUGCUAAAGAAAUAACAUUUAAGUGAUAUUUUUUGAAUAAUUUUUAUUAUAAAAUGUGUGAUGGAGCGAAUAAUGACGUGGUUAUUGGAGAAUUAUACGAUUUAAUUAAAGAUAUUAAAGAUCCAGAAAAGCCACAGACUUUGGAAGAUUUGGAUGUUGUCUAUGAGAAGGGGAUCAGCAUAAUCAAAUAUGGCUUUACCGAGGUGAUAAGGAUAGAAUUUAAACCAACUGUGCCACACUGUUCCUUGGCUACUCUGAUUGGACUGUGCAUUAGAGUUAAACUUGAAAGAUGUUGGAAUCAAAAGUUUAAAUUAGAAAUUGUUUUGAAAGAGGGAACACAUUCUACUAGUGAAGAAAUUAACAAACAAAUUAAUGACAAAGAACGAGUUACUGCCGCAAUGGAAAAUCCAAACCUCCAGCAAUUGGUCGAGAAAUGUAUAAAUACAGAUGAAUAUUAAUUGCAAGAUGUCGAAAACCUGACUCUGUACAGAGGAAUAUGUUUUAUAAAAGUAAAUAUUUUGUAUGUUUAGAUAUGAAAUAAUGUAAUUUAUUCUGAAUAAAAUUCACUUUAAAAAAUCAACUUUUCUUUUAUAAAAUUU